GAAUAUGUCACAGAUUUUGAUGAAUUUGUUUUGAACACGGAUAUUUUCACUAAGUAGCAGUUAGUUAUAAACGGUACAUUCCAUAUUCCUCUGAAAAAAAAAGAAUAAGUUGAUACAAUUGACACCAAAUGUAAUACGAAAGAUAAAAACAUUGAUAACGAUAACCCUUUGAUCCACGAAAAGAAACGGGUAUAGCAAGUAAAUGUUCUGGGUGAGUUUAAUCAAACUAACAUAAAAUUUUAAUCGGCAUGUAAUUCAUACAUACUUUAGAAACCUACACCAACAUGAACAUUUCUCAUUGACCUACACUCGGACUUGUGAAUAUCUAUCUACUGUUUCAAAGUAACGACGAAAUGCGAAAGGAAAUGACGAGUGCCAUAUAUCAAAUAGGGGAGACAAGGGCCCUCCUGCGAGCACCUCUGCUAUUAGCCAAUUGAGAAAUUGGCGUGGAGAGAAAUCGCUGGCACCACCAGUUGCAAUCGGACUCCACACAAGACCAUACUGGAAUCGCAAUCUGGCCUAACAGAAGUGUCAACGAUCUUUUAGCAUCGCCCAAUAUUUUAACAAUUUAUCGCGACUAAGAGAAAUGUUUCUGUUAAGGGCGAAAUUGUUUUUGAUCCUCCUAAUUCUAUACUGGUUCCUCAUUGAACCCGCGGAAUCGAGACGAGCGCGCACAAGGAGCAGAACCAAGUCAAAGGUACAAAUCGGUUUACCUAUAACUGGCAAAUACAGAGAUCCAGAGUCGGAUCAGUAUUACAACAACAAUGAUGGCGCAAAAAUUUUACUGGCAUCGCACUUUGAUCUUGAGUAUGUGCUGGGACACAAGAUCGCAUUUUUAUGCAUUGCUAAAGGUACACCGCGACCGCACAUCACCUGGUUCAAAGACGGCGUGGAAAUAUUUGCUCAUCAUUAUCUUCAUAUCCACGAAUGGCCCAUCGGGGAUGAUAGAGUGAAGUCCAAAAUUGAAAUCGACCCGGCCACGCAGAUGGAUGCCGGCGUGUACGAGUGUACAGCUGACAACAUGUACUCUAUUGACCGACGUUCCUUCAAAACAGAUUUCUCUAUUGCUUUUGAUUGAAAUAGCCCUAAGUACGAUAAGCCUCUGAUAAUAGCAAUGUUUUGUUUUCAAAAAAGUUUAUUUUGGUACCCAAAAAUGUUAUUUUGAGGAAUAUACGUAAAGAUUUGAAUUGACAUUAUGUUACGUUUGGACACGCAUACUUUGUGAUUCUGAUAAAUUAUUGUAUCAUCAUUGAUGCAAACCACACUUGCCUUACUGUUUAAUGAUUUAAUGGUCUAUUUAAAGAUAUGUCGUAUAAUGUUGGUGUAUUUUAUCUAAGUAUGUUUUUAUAUAUCACGUCUCCGCUGUGGAACUAAUUAAUAUAAUUGACGCAUUUAUUACUUUCGAUUAAUACGCAGUGGGACAACUUAGAAAAGCUAGAAUAUUUAAGAUAACCUGAA